AUGACCACAUGGGCGUGGAGUGUACACCGAAUCAUCGACGCACUAGACUUGACACUCCCCACACAAAUCGACUCCAGGCGAGUCUGUGUGACAGGAUGUUCACGGAAUGGGAAAGACGCGAUUGUCGCAGGAGCGAUUGAAGACAGCAUCGCGCUGAGUAUCCCGCAGGAGGGAAGGCAGGGGGGUGUGGGGCCUAAUGAGGUUAUAGUUACUACAUGUUUUGGUAACACGUUCGCGGAGGACAUUUUUGCGGGUAGUAGUACAAGGGCUGCCGUGGGACAGGAGGCGCCAAAACACGCAUAA